AUGGUGUCAAGGAAGGUCAUGACCAUUGACCGUUUUGUGCCUGGUGCACGGCAACCCAACCAGCCCCCACCUUCUCAGGGCCGGGGCCAGGGGCCUCAGCCUCCACCCUCUUCACAGGGUGGACGGGCCCUUAAGAAACAGAAGGUAACCGAUCAACCUUCCACGGGCCCGGGGGAUGCCGCCGUCCAGACUCCUCCCCCACCAACAGGGGGAAUCGUUAUCCGUGAGCCGCCAACCCAGGCUGGUACGGGGGUUGCGUCCUCCUCUCAGGUGGCUCCAGUGUGGAAGCCCAAGUUCCUUUUGGACGGCAAGCCGCUGCCUUCAACCGCCUGUGCUACCCAACUGGCUCACAUAGUAGCCAGCCGGACACGGGAUCUUGCCGAGGAAGUCGAGCGUGAAAAGGGAGCGCGGGAGUCAGUGGCUAAAACGGCGAAGGAAAAGCUUAAGGUAGCUGAGUCCGCCGAGAAGAAGGCUGCUGCCGCGGAGAAGAACAGGGCAUUGGCCGAAAAGAGGUGUGCGGAGCUUUUGGCCAAGUAG